AUGUUGAGACUGUCGCGCUCGUGCCCCCGGCUGCAGCCUGUUGCAGAAGCAGCGGCUCGAACUCAGGACGCGUCUCAUCCAACAACUCCCCCCAACAAGGAACUACUACCGAAGAACCCUUACCCGGGACCCACGGACGGGAGCCUCAAAGUGCGAGGAGCCCCAGUGCAUGAUGGGAUCUAUCUGCAGCUUCAGUGCAUGAUGGGAUCUCUCCGCAGACCCAGGCCACGGUUCAUGAGCUCUCCGGUUCUGUCGGACCUGAGUCGGUUUCACAGCAGCUCCACAGCUCUACAGCUCUCCAACACCAGGGUCUGGAACAGUGUUCAGUCUGCAGUGAUGAAGGUGUUCCAGGGCGAAGAUCUUCAGCCAAAUGAACUGUACUCACUGAAUGAGAGCAUCAGAUGGCUCCUGAGGACAGAGAUGGGCUCCUUCAUCCCAGACUUCUUUCAGAACCAGCUCCUGCCUCAAGGCCUGGCCGACGUCCUGCACCUCCUCCUCACUUCUGGAGAUGAGGAGGUGCUGAUGGCUCUCUCUGUCGCCUGGGAGCGUUUCUUCACGGAGACUUUACCCACUCUGCAAGCCAUAUUCUACCCAGUGCAGGGUCAGGAGCUGAGCGUGCGGCAGAUGGCGCUGUUGUCCUUCAGAGACCUGGUGCUUCUCAAACUCCCCCUGGAAGACACUCUGGGAACUGCAGCCUGUGUCCCACCGGCCAUCACACAGAUGCUGCUGGUGCUGCAGGGCGUUCAUGACUCCAGCGCCUCCUCGCAGGAGUAUGUGCAGCUGGAGCGUCUGGUGGAGGUCGUGGUUUCUCCUUAUCUCAGCAACAUCACAGAAGAUGCACAACACCUCCUCCUCGAGUCUCUGCUCCUGCACACGCCGCACUCUGAGGUCACGGGCCCUCAGACCUCGGCCUUGGUUUCAUUCCCGGCCCCAGUCUCGGCCUCGGUCUCCCUCCCCCUGGGUCCGUUGCUGGAGCAGGAGGGUGAGGCAUACCUGGAGAAGAGCACACGCAGACACACUGUGGCCUCAGUCCUGACUGCGGCUUUUCGAACCGAACAGAACCGAACUUCUAUCAACAGAGGAGGAUUGGGGAACCUCCUUCUGAGAGGGCGGAGCCUUUGUGGAGGGGGAGGAGCCUAUGCUGCAGGGGCGGAGUCUCUGCUGAGGGGGAGUAGCCUGUGCUGA